AUGUCUGGAAAAGCAUCUGCUUCUAACCAUCCUGGUUUAAAUGUAUCUGGUGCUCUCUCACAUGUUUAUAUUCAAUAUCCACCUUUAAGAUGCACACUCGCUAGAACAAGAAGUUUCUUGUACGAUGAUGGGAAUAAACUGCUACUUCAACUGACAUCUGAACGGGUUUUCUCAUGGAAGACUGCUCCAUAUGAUCCUCAUGUUGUUCCAUCCUCUGAUCCACUAUGCGAAGGCCCUGUGCUGUGUAUUCGAUAUUCUUUAGAUUUAAAACUCUUGGCCAUCCAGCGAUCUAAUUAUGAGGUUCAGAUCUGGAACAAGCAAACAGGAGAUACUUUCAGUCAGAAAUGCAGGUCUGAAUCAGAAAGUAUUCUGGGAUUCUUUUGGACAGACUGUCCAACUUGUGAUAUUGUAUUUGUUAAAACAAGUGGACUGGACUUCUACUCUUACAAUUCUGAGUUAAAAUCACUCCAUUUGGUUGAGACAAAGAAAUUGAACGUUAGUUGGUACAUCUACACGCAUGAAAGCAGGUUGGUGCUUCUUGCUUCAGGUAUGCAGAGCAAGAGUUUCACAGGUUAUCAGCUUUCAUCGGCUGGAAUCAUCCGCCUACCUAGGUUUGAGAUGAUAUUGGCAAAAUCUGAGGCAAACAAUAAGCCUAUUCUUUCUGCUGAAGAUGUCCAUAUUAUCACCAUUUAUGGAAGAAUUUAUUGCUUGCAAUUUGAUAGAGUUGCAAUGCUACUCCACUCAUAUAGGUUUUACCGAGAUGCUGUUGUACAACAGGGUUCUUUGCCAAUUUACUCUAACAGGAUCGCUGUUAGUGUGGUUGAUAACAUUUUGCUUGUUCAUCAAGUGGACGCGAAAGUUGUCAUUAUAUAUGAUAUGUUUUCAGAAUCACGAACACCUAUAUCUGCUCCACUUCCUCUAUUGCUGAGAGGUUUCUCUAGAGCUUCAGAGUCAAAAGAGUUGAGUGAUGCUGAAAUAAUCAUCUACGGAGAUGACUGGUCUUUUCUUGUUCCUGAUCUUAUAUGUGAUGUUGCUAAUGGUUUUUUGUGGAAGAUCCAUUUGGAUCUGGAGGCUAUUUCUGCCAGUAGCUCUGACCCGCCAUCAGUCCUUGAAUUCUUGCAAAGAAGGAAAUUGGAAGCAAAUAAGGCUAAAAAAUUGUGCUUGGCAAUUGCUCGCACUGUUAUUUUGGAACGAAGAUCUCUCGCCGUGGUUUCCAGGGCAAUAGAUGUUUUAAUUACAACAUACUCACAUGCAGUCAAAACAGGCAGUUAUCAGAAGAGAACAGAUACAGAAGAGACUUCACCAUCUGGUGUUUCUAAUUUAAAUAGCCCCAAUAUUGUUGUUGAAGAAUCCAGUGGAAUAGAUGCAUCUGAAGUCCCGCAGGAACCUGCUCGUGGCAUUGAGAAUGAAUCUUCGAACAGAUUUACACUAUCAACAUCAGGUUCUGAUGGAAGUGUGAGCUUUGAAUCAAAAACGAUGACUUCUCAUAAUCUUGAUUCAUUGAGUGGUAUGACUGAGGGAGGAUACUCGGUGGAGCCUGAAGCAACUGGUGCUCAAGUUGAUGCAUCAGUUGUACAAUCUCAAAUUCUUGGACCUGGUAACAAAGCAUUAAAUGCUAAUGCUUCUGAGCAGCAGGAAUCCCAAGUGAGUUCGGCCGCAAUUUCACCAGCAGAUUUGCACAGAUUUGUGUUUGCGGCUAUUGAGGAAGAGAUGGCAGGAGAUGCAUCUUACUUGGUUUCUAUCGUCGUUGAGUUCGUUCGCAGUGCAUGCUUUGAAAAAUUGAAGGUGGAUCCAAAUACUUAUGUCUUCAUGGUACAACUACUAGCUCGGGAUGAACGUUAUGAAGAACUUGGAUUGUUUGUCAUAAAUAAGAUUAUCGAGCCCUCAAAAGAUGUAGCAUUACAACUGCUAGAGUCAGGCCGUCAGAACGUUCAAACGCGAAAAUUGGGGCUGGAUAUGCUACGAGAGCUCUCAUUGCAUCACGACUAUGUGUUGCUGCUUGUUCAAGAUGGAUAUUAUCUUGAAGCUUUGCGUUAUGCUCGGAAGAACAAGGUCAACACUGUCCGGCCUUCACUGUUUCUCGAAGCGGCUCAUGCUUCUAAUGAUUCACAACACCUAGCUGCUGUUCUGAGAUUCUUUUGUGAUUUUAUUCCCGGCUUCAAGAACACUGCAGAUCACCAUGCAUAUUGCCGCGUCGUCGCUGACAUGAAUUCAUCGAUCGCCACCUGA